AUGAAUGAAUUUGAUAGAAUUAAGAAUAUGAUAUCAAAAUUAAUUGAUCCAAAUUUAGCUAGUGGUCAAAGCAGUUCAAAUCCGCUUAGUAGUAGGGAAAUCGAAAAGCCAAAAUUAAAAUAUAAACAUUGGUGUGCAUCUGUAGAGAAAAAAGUUCAUCAAACUAUAUCAUUGGUUCAAAUAUUUGAAUCUAAUCUUGGUGGCUCAGAAGAAAAAAAGAAGGAAAAGGCAAUUCAAACAUACCAAAAACUUAUAGCAAUUUUAGGAGAACUUAACCAAUCACUAGAGAUUACACAAUAUAAAUCAAGAAGUAAAGGUGAUGGAGAUGACUCACCACCAACUUCAAAUUUUGUACCAUCAUCAAGCAACAGCAAUACAACAAAUAAUUUAAAUCAAGCAAGUUUAUCAUCAUCCAAUGGUAUGAGUAAAGAAAAAGAAAAAGAUAAGGAUAAAGACCAUCAUCAUCAUUUGAACAGUAGCGGUGGAGUAAGUAAAGAAUCAUCAUCACUAAGUGGUAGCCAGGAUCACCAAACCUCGUCAACUGCUACAUCACCUUCCUCCACAUCAAUCAUUAAUAGUGGUUCAAGCAGUAGCAGCGGGUUGUUAUCAACAUAUAGAGAUUUAACAAUCAGCGGAAAAAAUAAAGAGGAAAAUGGUGGGGUUUUAAGGUCAACUAAAGUUAUCACUCAUUCAUGCAGAGAUUCUCUUCUUACUCUCUGGGUUGUAUUAUUAUUAUUUGUCGAAAAGCAUCAUUCAAUUGAUAAAGAUUUAACCUUAUUAUAUCAAUGUAUUUUAUUAAUUUGUCGUAGAAGAGAAUAUGAUAGUUCAAUUUCAAAUAUUGAUCCAAUUACUCAAAGACCAUGGUCAUUUUUUAAUAACGAUGUUUUGGCAAAGUAUAGAAGAAUUGUACAUAAAACCUUUUCAUUUGUUGCAACAAUAUUAUCGUCACCAUUAUUUUUUUCAAUUCCAUUAACCCAUUUUUGUUCAAAAUUUUUAUCAGCAUCAUUUUUUAGAAUUCCAAAAGUUGCAAGAUUAAUUUUGGAAGCUUUAACUCCACCAGAAACUGAAAUUCAAGAUAUUGUGUCAAAUUUUCCAAUUCCCACAAAUUUAAAACAUUUAUUAGUAGUUGGAGAUAAACCAGAUAAAGCACCAUUUCAUUUUUGUUUAAUGCAAAUGGGUAGCAAUCAAAAUAAUAAUAGUAAUAAUAAUAAUAAUAAUAAUAAUAAUAAUAAUAAUGUUAAUAAUAGUAAUAAUAAUAAUAGUAAUAAUAAUCAAAUUAAUUUAAAUAAUAGCCAAAAUAAUAUAUUAAAUAAUAAUACUAUUGAAGAAUUUUCAAUUGAUAAUAUACCUCAAGGUUGGAUAGAUAAUUUAGCCAGAAAAGAAAGUGUGUUUUUUAUAUUUUUUAAAGAUUGGUUUACCAGUUGUAAAUAUGUUUUAGGUGAACCAGUUGAUAUGAAAACCAUUCCAGGAUUUUUCACAAUUACUUAUGCACUAUUACACGAAAUUAAAACAAGAGAUCAAGCCCCACCUCCACUCUCAAGACCAACUCCUUCAUUGGAUGCUCAACUUACCUUAAUUCAGUGUUGUAAAAACGAUAAUAUCAUUGACGUCAUGAUAAAAACCAUCUUUUUAAAGACCUGUGUUUUCGAUUUAUCCGUAGUAUCAACCACUCUUGCUCUGGUCGAGGUUUGGUUUAAAGAAUUUGGUGUAUUACCAGACAAUUUCGAUAUAAACUUUUUCUGUGAAGGUAUUGAAAGUAUUAUUGUCGCCGAUCAUCAUCAAGUCUUAAUUAGAGCUUUACAAAUGCUAUACAAUAUUUCAGAUUGCUUCCAAAGAAAUUUAAGAAAAGUUCUCUUUUCCGAUCUCUUAUUAGACAAAUAUUUCUACCCAUUAUUUUUACAUUGGGAUCAACCAGUAAGAAAUGCCUAUCAUCAUUUAUUAUUAUAUAAAAUGGUAAGAAUCAAUAGAGCCAAGCUUUACGAAUCUGGUGCUACUCUUCAAGAAUUUAGUAAACUUACCCAUGCUAAUACUCCAGUUAAUACCAGAAAUGCUCUUUCUCCUACAAAAUAUAUUGAAAGCAAAGAUGAUAAUCAUAACUAUUCCUCCUCUUCAAGAUUAGCUAAUAGUCUAAAUGGUAGUAGUAAUGGAAAUGGUAAUGGUAAUGGAAAUGCCAAUGGUAAUGGUACUACCAGUAGUAGACUUGGUGCCAAUGGCCAAAAGAUUGGUAGCAAUAGAAAAGUUCCACCACCAGUACCACCAAGAUCGUAUAGCAGUGGAAAAUUAAUUGAAGAUAGCUCAACAUCACCAACUUCAUCAUCACCUUUGGCUUCAUCACCAAAUCAUAAUAUUGAACCAGAGGAUUCAUUUGUAAUUAUAGAUUCAGAACAUCAAGAAACAAAUAGUAUUACUAUGACAGCAAGCAAUUCACCAUCACUAGCAGCAUCACCAACUUCGCAAUCACCACCAUCAGACUCAACAGGUCCAGCAGGUAAUGUUAAAGAUAGCCAAACCCUAAAGCCUUUACCAAAAUUACCGUUAUCAGCAAUUACCGAGAAGUUCAACAAAGACUAUGCUUUGGAUAUCAAAUUGUUUUACGAAAUUGAAUGUUUAACAAAGAAGGUACAGGAUCAAAUGAGAUGCCCCGAAUUGAGGUUUCAUGACCCUAUACUUUCUCAUUAUGUUGCCUCUUCAAUCAGUGAAUUCAAAACAUAUAUCGCACACAGUAAUCAAGUAGAUGCCGUCCCACCAAAGAUUAUCCCAUUGAUGUUCGCAAACUCCAACCACAUUAUAAACUAUAGAGAUUAAAAAAAAAAAAAAAGA